AUGGCUGCCGCGGCGGGGGCAGCUGUGGCGGCGGCAACCGCAGGGCAAGACGAGGCCCCGCCGUUGCCAGGGCCCCCCAUAGGGCGGCGAGCGGUGUGCUCCCGACCCUACUUCGUAGUGCUGAUGGUGUUCGCGCAUCUCUACGUGCUCAACGUGUUGGGCUUGCUACUUUUCGUGCACAUCAGCUCUGAUGACGGAGAUCCUGAGCCGGGCAAAGAGUCUCCUAGCCCUGCUCACGACCCGCCCGCGUUACCCUUCUCUCCGGGCAGCUCCAGCUCUCGUGCCCUGCCUCGCCUGGAAGGCAUCAAGGUGGGCCAUAAACAGAAGGUGGAGCUGGUCCCCAACAAAAUCCAUUACAUGAAAACUCUUAGUCUGAAACCUCUUCUUUUUGAAAUUCCAGACUUUCUGACUGAGGACGAAUGUAAACUAAUUAUCCAUCUGGCUCAGCUGAAAGGGCUACAGAAAAGCCAGAUCCUGCCCACAGAUGAUUAUGAGGAAGCAAUGGAAAUGAUAGAUAUCAGUCAGAUGGAUAUCUUCAAUCUACUGGACCAUAACCAGGAUGGACAGCUGCAGCUCAAGGAGGUGCUGACGCAUACCCGUCUAGGAAAUGGCAGGUGGAUGACCCCAGAGAGCAUCCGGGAGAUGUACGCUGCUGUGAAAGCGGAUCCAGAUGGCAAUGGUGUGCUGAGUUUGGAGGAGUUUAAGCAGCUGAACAUCCGGGACUUCCACAAGUAUAUGGGAAGCCAAAAAGUGAAAAUGAGUGACCUAGUGCGGAAUAGCCAGCACACUUGGCUGUAUCAAGGCGAGGGAGCACACCAGGUCAUGCGCUCUAUACGGCAAAGGGUGAUGCAUUUAACCCGCCUGCCCUCAGAGAUUGUGGAGCACAGUGAACCCUUGCAAGUGGUGCAGUACAGCCAGGGAGGACACUACCAUGCCCACAUGGACAGUGGACCGGUGUUCCCAGAAACCGCCUGCAGUCACACCAAACUGGUCACCAAUGAAACUGCUCCAUUUGAAACAUCAUGCCGCUAUGUGACAGUACUGUUCUACCUAAACAAUGUGACUGGAGGAGGAGAGACUACCUUUCCUAUUGCUGACAACAGGACUUAUGAAGAGAUGUCUUUGAUCCAGAAUGAUGUCGACCUUCGUGACACUCGUAAACACUGUGAUAAGGGAAACCUUCGUGUAAAGCCCCUGCAAGGCACUGCUGUCUUCUGGUACAAUUACCUGUCAGAUGGAGAAGGCUGGGUUGGAGACCUGGAUGAAUAUUCCUUGCACGGAGGCUGCUUGGUCACCGAAGGAACUAAGUGGAUUGCCAACAACUGGAUCAAUGUUGAUCCCAAUAAGCGACGACAGCUCCAGUUCCAACAGGAGAUGGCUCGAUACAUAAACAGUGGGGAUGAGGACCAAAGCGAGUGGACAGUGGACAAAUCCUACAGUGAUGUACAUGUAGAGCUGUAGUGCUUGGAGAUGCCCCUUCAUUGACUCGGAAGAAACUUUUUUUUGCACUAGCCGGUUCUAGCCCUUUAAUCUCUUACCAUUCCCUGUCCU